GGCCUAAAAAUACCAAAAUAAUACAAUGAGCAGACAACGGAACGAAUUCGCAAAAUCCCUCUUCUCCCGUCGCCGCCUUCUUCAACGGAAUUGGCGCUUAAAUCGCAACUCGACGCGCCUGAGCAUCUCGCCGGUGAGUUUUGUAGUCUACUCAAUAAUUGAAUUCGGUAUCCCUCCUAGAAUUGAGAUGAAGAAAUCGGAGCCCGCGGUGGCAGCUUCUACUAAAAUCACAUUCGAUAACAGUGAUGACUCCGAAUCUUCCUCUGAUGAAGAGGAUGCGAUAAAACGUGAGAUUGCAGCUGAAGUAACAUUCGAGGAGCUGCAGAGGGCGAGGUCUGAUGGUUCUGAUUUGGUCUUUAGGAAGCCUAAGCCGGAGAAAAACGGCGGUCGAGCUAAUAAGAAUAGGCCGAUGGAAAUCAGCAGCAAGAAGCCUGUUAGUAGAUUUAGAGAAGUUAUUCAAGCUCCUAAAAAGGUUAUACGGGAUCCUCGUUUUGAAUCAUUAUGCGGCAAUCUGGAUGUGAAUGGGCACAAGAAGAGAUAUAAUUUUAUAUAUGAAAAUACACUUCCUGCAGAAAAAGAGGAGCUUAAGAAACAGAUGAAGAAAACAAAAGAUCCCAAAGCUGUUGGUGAACUAAAAGACCAAUUGACUCGGAUUGAUAAAGAAUUGAAGUCAGUAGCAGUGAAGCGUACAGAGAAGGACAUUUUGGCUGAGCAUAAGAAGAAAGAGAGGGAUGCUGCAAAGAAAGGAAAACAACCAUACUAUCUGAAAAAAUCGGAAAUCCAGAAGCAAAAGCUUGCUGAGAAAUUCAAGGAGCUCAAGGAGUCGGGCAAACUGGAGUCUUUUAUCGAGAAAAAGAGGCGGAGGAAUGCUGCAAAGGACCACAGAUUCAUGCCAUACCGACGCCCUACUGAACAAGGGGACCAGUAGGUUGACGGCCAUACGCUAUUGGGGGUUUGAGAUGCGGACUUGGUGAUGGGCUUGUUACGCGCCCGUCUCUAACAUAGAGCCUCAUCAGAGACAGUUAAAAUCCUUGGAUGUGCAGGGGAAAGAAAGAUGCUGGAGUUUUCUUGUUAUUGUACUAUCAUCAUAAGUGAAUCGGCUAAUUUUGUUGGCUUGAAUGUUUUGAUAUGGCACUAAACUCAAAAUUGUGUAUGAGAUUGUAGUUUUAUAAGUGAUAGUACAACUAGUAUAUUAAAAAACGUGAAAUUGUUAGCAUUGAAAA